AUGACAGGAGUCUUCACGGAUGAAGUACGGCAAGUCCCACUCGCCACCCUCCACACGCAUCAAGAAGCGUUGUUUGUCCGGUUGACAUAUCAAAACACGAUAGAUUGUUCUUCGCCAGGACAUCAGCGUGCUUCUCGUCGAAAACACCACAGAGACUUUACCGCCGCAAAUCCAAGCUCGUCACAGACACCGCCGUCCGAGCAAAGCAGAGUUCCGGUACAUAGCUAG